GCAUACAUUCAGACCACAGCAGUUCCUUAGAGGAGGGCUGUGUCUCUCUCCCCUUCCCUGCAGUUGGCCCCUGGGAAGGGCUCGUUGAAGGGAAAGGAAAGGGAGAAGCAGAGCGAUUACAGUUCCUAUCCCCACAAAGACUUCAAAACCCGCUGGGAUGCAGCGGCUAUCUCCCUUCUGCAUGCUCUCCUCCCCUGGGCAGCCCAGCCUCCACCUCUCAGGGAGUUUGAGAAUGAGCUGCCUGUCUUCCCACUGGACAGCUCAAGACUUGGUCCACGCAGGAGAACUAAAGGUGUGGUGUGCCAGACCCCAGAGAAGCCUUCUUGAAAACACAGAUCAGGAAGAAGCUGGAAAACCAGCCCCACUGGAUCUUCUGAUGGGGUUAUUCUAUCUCUCCAGGCCUCAGCCUCAGCGCCUCUUCAUUCCUCCCUCACACUGGAUUGCAUCACAUUGCUGCUCAAGAUACAGUAAGAACCCCGACCUGGACUCAGAGGCACUGCUGGCCCUUCCCCUGCCUGAACUGGUACAGAAGUUACACAGUGGGGAGCUGUCCCCUGAGGCUGCCCUCUUCACCUUCGUGGGAAAGGCCUGGGAAGUGAACAAAGGGACCAACUGUAUAACCUCCUUCCUGGCUGAUUGUGAGACCCAGCUGUGCCAGGCCCCACCACGAGGCCUGCUCUAUGGUGUCCCCGUGAGCCUCAAGGAGUGCUUCAGUUACAAGGGCCAGAACUCGACGCUGGGCUUGAGCCUGAAUGAGGGGGUGCCAGCGGAGUGCGACAGUGUGGUAGUGCAGGUGCUGAAGUUGCAGGGCGCCGUGCCCUUCGUGCACACCAACAUCCCCCAGUCCAUGUUCAGCUAUGACUGCAGUAACCCCCUCUUCGGCCAGACCAUGAACCCAUGGAAGCCCUCUAAGAGCCCAGGCGGCUCCUCAGGGGGUGAAGGGGCCCUCAUUGGGUCUGGAGGCUCCCCGCUGGGCUUGGGCACCGACAUUGGAGGCAGCAUCCGUUUCCCUUCUGCCUUCUGUGGCAUCUGUGGCCUCAAGCCUACUGGGAACCGCCUCAGCAAGAGAGGCGUGAAGAGCUGUGUCCAUGGACAGAUGGCAGUGCAGUUCUCCGUGGGCCCCAUUGCUCGGGAUGUGGAGAGCCUGGCACUGUGUCUGCGAGCUCUUCUGUGUGAGGACAUGUUUCGCCUGGACCCCACCGUGCCACCCCUGCCCUUCAGAGAGGAGAUCUAUACAAGUUCUCAGCCCCUGCGUGUAGGAUACUAUGAAACUGACAACUAUACCAGGCCCAGCCCAGCCAUGAAGCGGGCCCUGCUGGAGACCAAGCAGAGCCUUGAAGCUGCUGGCCACACGCUUGUUCCCUUCUUGCCAAGCAACAUACCCUAUGUUCUGGAGACCCUGUGUGCAGGUGGGCUGUUCAGUGAUGGUGGCCACAGCUUCCUCCAGAACUUCAAAGGUGAUUUUGUGGACCCCUGCCUGAGAGACCUGAUCUUAAUUCUGAAGCUGCCCAACUGGCUUAAAAAACUGCUAGCCUUCCUGUUGAAGCCUCUGUUCCCACGGGUGGCAGCUUUUCUCAGCAACAUGAAGCCUCGGUCAGCUAGAGAACUCUGGGAACUGCAGCACAAGAUUGAGGAGUACCAAGAAUCUGUGAUUGCUGAGUGGAGAGCAUUGAACCUGGAUGUGCUACUGACCCCUAUGCUGGGCCCUGCUUUGGACCUGAACACCGCAGGCAAGGCCACAGGGGCCAUCAGCUACACUGUCCUGUACAACUGCCUGAAUUUCCCUGCGGGAGUGGUGCCCGUCACCACGGUGACCGCUGAGGACGAGGCCCAGAUGGAACAUUACCGGGGCUACUUUGGGGAUAUCUGGGACAAGGUGCUACAGAAGGCCCUGAAGAACGGUGUGGGGCUGCCUGUGGCUGUGCAGUGUGUGGCUCUGCCCUGGCAGGAAGAGCUGUGUCUGCGGUUCAUGCGGGAGGUGGAGCGACUGAUGACCCCUGAAAAGCGGCCAUCCUGAGAGCCACCUGCCUACCUGGCUCCAAAGGACCCGACACCCACAUACCCUGUAUCCCAGCCUAAUGGGGCACGCGGCCACCCUGUGAGGGAACACUCAGAAUGGGUCAGAGGCAACCACGUCUCCUUCUUUCAGUCCCCGCCAAAACACAGACCUGCUCCACCUCAAGUCUGGAUCUUGCUCCCUUCUCUGGUUCAUUUUCCACCAUGAUCCCCCACCUUAUGUGGCAGCCAGCAGGUAUGACAGGGACCAAGACCACCAAAGUCAAGAAACAUUUCCUAGUUUGUGGGGUGCUGGGGCUGGAGCCUAUUGAAAGCAGGGCUGGCUUAAUCUUCCAGAGACAGGUGGCAGCCACGUCACCAAAACCUCUGCUCCAAAACCUCCCCUGGUGUCCAUCAUCCACAGGAGGGACACAGGCUUGUGUCCCCAGCACUUCACUUCAGCCCCCUCCCUGCCCCGCUUGGACUCCGCCCAGCACUGCUGGAUACAGGGGUUUUUCUUCCUUUGCUUCUCUCUGCUGAUAAUGCCCUUUCUACUUCUGUAGCACCCAAUCUUUGAAGGCCCAGCUCAGAUCCCUCUUUCUCCAAGAGGUUUUCUGAGCUUCUUCUGGGCCCUGAAAGAGUGUGAGUUUUUUCCUCCCAGUCUCCCCUGAGUGAGGCGUCUCGGUGGGUCUGCUUUGCUGGCCAUCUCUCCUUGAUGGUGGCGACUGCAUUUCUAUGUCUCUGUGUUGUGUGGCCUGCACAGGGCAAUGGGGAAGCACCUGAGUUGGGCCGCAGGGAAUUGAGUGGACACAGUUGGCCCUGAGCUGGUGCUGUUGGGUCAAGGAGUCCACAGGCACAGGGCUGGUGGUCAGCGAGUGACAAGGCAGGUAGAGAGUGCUCACUCGUAGGGCCAGCCAAAGCCUGGACUGCUCUGGGAAGGCUUGCUGAAGGAGGACCAGUGUUGAGUCCAGAAGGUUCUCCCAUGCUGAGAUACAAAGGAUCAGGUCUUCCCAGGGAGGAGGCACUGUAUGU